AUGAAGUCCUCAUCUUUCCUAGCAGUCCUGGGUCUCUGCGUUGGCGCCGCGGUAGCGCGACCAGCGACGGAUCUUCUCUUUCAGAACAACCUCAACUACACCGACGAUGCAAAUCACAACUCCUUUUUACUCCUAGACCAGCGCUCGACCCAAGCCCUGGCAGCGCAGGCAUGCCGUGAUGGAUUCAGCGAGACACUCGUUUCCACGCCACAGGCCAAGAGCAGCAUGUCCGACCUUGUUUCGCUACUGACCUACUACGGCACCCCGUCAGUCUGGCUUGCCGACGGCAUCCUCGAGGUCAGAGACGGCAAGCUCAAAUUCGGUCCCGCAAAGAAGGGCUCCAGCCUCCCCGCGCUCUGCACGCAGUCGACCAAGGCCUCGCUCUCGUUCCAGCCCGUCAACCAGUCUGCUACGACGACGGUCCGCAACAGCGCGACAAAGAACACAUUCACCGGCUAUCGCAAUCUCAAGUCAUUUCGUUUCCUUGGCAUCCCAUACUCGAACUCCCCUGGACGGUGGGAGUACUCUUCGCUCAACCCAAGCCGGAACCAAGCCUACAACGCCACAGCAUUCGGCCCCUCGUGCUUCCAGACGGGCUCUUCCAAGUACUCGGAGGACUGCCUCUUUCUCAAUGUCUUUACCUCGCAUUUGCCCGCCGAUGGAGCCCGAACCACCCGCCAGCUCAAGCCAACGCUCGUGUGGAUCCACGGUGGUGCAUUCACGGGUGGCUCAGGGGCCGACAACACCUUUGACGGCGCCAACAUGGUCAGUCGCGGCGACGUCGUCCAGGUCACGAUCAACUAUCGCCUCUCGACGCUUGGCUUCCUCGCCCUGCCCGGAACCAACAUCACGGGCAACUACGGCCUCGCGGACCAGAUCACUGCGCUUGAAUGGGUCAAGCACAACAUUGAGUACUUUGGCGGCGACCCCAGCCGUGUCACCAUCUACGGCCAAAGCGCCGGCGCCGGGAGCGUGCGCGCUCUGCUGGCCAGCCCACCAGCCCGUUCCCUCUUUUCUGCCGCCAUUGCCGGCUCGAAUCUGGGCGGGUACGACUACGGGACCACAUACUCCAAGUACUACACGAUCGAGCAGGAGUACCAGGCGGCAGGAAUGGCCGUCGUCAAUGCUUCGGGAUGCGAUGGGCAGGCAGAUGUUGUGGCCUGCCUCAGAGCCGUGCCGCCGAGCACGCUGGUCAACCAGAGCACCGUCGCUCGCUUCGUCGUCGUCGAUGGCAAAUACAUUGUGGCCGAUCAGCUCGACGUGAGGGACCGUUCCAAGACGGCCAAUGUGCCCACGCUCUGGGGCGUCAUGGCCGAGGACGGCGCUCCCUUCCUCCCAUAUGUCACGGCAGGCGAGACACGUCCCCAAGCGCUCCAAUCCGUCCUUCCCUCGCCCUACCAGCAGGCUGCCACGGCCAACACGUCGCUGUUUCCCAUCCCAUCGUCGACGACAAACUCGUCACUGAAUCUCUUCAACCUCACCGCCCAGGUGGGCACCGACGUCAUCUUCCGCUGCGUGGACCAGGCCACCGUGUACUCUGCUCUGAACCACGGUGUCUUUCCCAACGCCUGGUUCUACCAAUUUGAGCGGUCCUACCAGACGCCCGGCUUCGAUGUCAAUGCGCCGACAUGCGAUGCGCCCAAGACGAAAGAGCGACCCAAUGGCGACACCCGACUCCCCUACCUGCGCUGCCACUCGGGUGACCUGUACUACGAGUUUGGCACCUUGGGCGAGUCCCGUCUGCCGUAUCGCGACGCGCUCGACCUCGACUUCACCCGGCUCAUCAUGGACUACUGGUCCUCGUUUGUGCGCUCGCAUGACCCCAACCCGUCGGCCGACUAUCUGGAGAAGCGCGGCUACGUCCAGACGAUCGAUCUGAUCCGCAAGAGCGGCCAAUGGCGCCCCGUCGGCAAGAGCAAGCAGGGCUCUGUUCGCCUUCUCGAUGUGCCCCCACGCCAGUCGACCUACCAGCGGCAGCAGCAGUGCGAGGUCGAGGGCUUGCCCGUGGACCUGUACGAGGCAGGAAAGUAA